CCUCUGACCUCUAACCCUCUCCCACAGGCCCACCUGAAGCCACAGCACCUGUCAGUAUUCUGCCAUCUGACUUCUGACCCCCGGGCGCAGUACUACUGUCGGGAGGUGAGGCGGAGAGCAGCAGGACGGACCAACAGGACCCGGGUACGCAACCAACGCUACGCUGCCCUCAGGGAGCUGCAGAGGGAGGGCCAGUACUUCAGUGAGGACCAGAUGAGAAGCCGGGAGCCCCUACUGUAUGAGCAAUACAUCGGCCAAUACCUGACAGAGGAGGAGCUGCUACAUCGCUCCCUCGAGGCCAUGCAGGGAGGAGCAGGGGAGGAGCGGGGGCCGGGGGGAGCAGAAGGGGGGCUGGCCCACCUCCUCCUCACCUCCUACCAGGAGAGACUGAUCCAGAGCCGGCUGCAGGAGGAGCAGGACAGGGAGGAGAACGCACUGGAGGAGGAGGAGGGGGAGGAGGGAGGAGGGUUGGGGGCAGAGGGCUAUGAGCCAACACCCCAGGAGAAAGCUCUGCUCAGGGACGAGUUCAUCACUCAGAUGUACCAACGCUUCCUGGACGGACACGACAAAGACUUUAACUACAGUGAAGUGGACGGGAACCCCGACUACGACAACCUGGACAUCGUCAACAGAGAUGCAGAGGAGAAGUACUUCGAUGAGGAUGAAGAGGAGGAGGAGGAGGAGGAGGAGGAAGAGGAGGACAUGACUAUAGAUGUGUCCUGACAGCAGCUGUCAUCGGACUGUAAAUAUAAUAACUUGUAAUAACUAUACUAUGUAAUGUUUCUACUCUGUUUAUUCUCCUGAAGAGGAGGAGGAGGAGGAGGAAGAGGAGGACAUGACUAUAGAUGUGUCCUGAUAGCAGCUGUCAUUGGACUGUAAAUAGUCUGUAAUAACUAUACUAUGUAAUGUUUCUACUCUGUUUAUUCUCCUGAAGAGGAGGAGGAGGAGGACGAGGAGGACAUGACUAUAGAUGUGUCCUGAUAGCAGCUGUCAUUGGACUGUAAAUAGUCUGUAAUAACUAUACUAUGUAAUGUUUCUACUCUGUUUAUUCUCCUGAAGAGGAGGAGGAGGAGGAGGAAGAGGAGGACAUGACUAUAGAUGUGUCCUGAUAGCAGCUGUCAUCGGACUGUAAAUAGUCUGUAAUAACUACUAUGUAAUGUUUCUACUCUGUUUAUUCUCCUGAAGAGGAGGAGGAGGAGGAGGAAGAGGAGGACAUGACUAUAGAUGUGUCCUGAUAGCAGCUGUCAUCGGACUGUAAAUAGUCUGUAAUAACUAUACUAUGUAAUGUUUCUACUCUGUUUAUUCUCCUGAAGAGGAGGAGGAGGAGGAGGAGGAAGAGGAGGACAUGACUAUAGAUGUGUCCUGAUAGCAGCUGUCAUUGGACUGUAAAUAGUCUGUAAUAACUAUACUAUGUAAUGUUUCUACUCUGUUUAUUCUCCUGAAGAGGAGGAGGAGGAGGAGGAGGAAGAGGAGGACAUGACUAUAGAUGUGUCCUGAUAGCAGCUGUCAUUGGACUGUAAAUAGUCUGUAAUAACUAUACUAUGUAAUGUUUCUACUCUGUUUAUUCUCCUGAAGAGGAGGAGGAGGACAUGACUAUAGAUGUGUCCUGAUAGCAGCUGUCAUUGGACUGUAAAUAGUCUGUAAUAACUAUACUAUGUAAUGUUUCUACUCUGUUUAUUCUCCUCACAUUCAUUUAAUAUUCAGUUGUUUAGCAAUAAAUCAUGUGUGUUUACGUA